CAGAGAACCGCAGGCGCCUGUUUCUUUGUACAAGGUUAAUUAUUUAACUUGUUGCUCGGUACCAUUUCUACCCGAAGGCAACCGUGUGUCAAGACGCGCGGUCAAGGUAUGCCGAGCAGCUGUUGUCCUCUGUCAUGGGUGAUAUCAGGCAGCGCAACGGCUCUGUGAGUAAUAAUGACACAGAUUUAUCUGUUGUCCCUUGUAGAGCGGACGACAUCAGGGUGCUUUGUCGUAAAGUUGGGGACGUUGGGGAGGAAAUCGAGUUGCGAACUCGGUCAGAAGUGCCGGCGGGUACGGAUGCUGACGCGGAAGACUGCCGGCGGGAUAACGGCCCGGCGUUUUACCGGGUUUGUUUGCCGGUUUGCUGUAAGAGAAACGACCCCGACCGCGACGAGAAGGAGGAUGAGGAUGAUGAUGAUGAUGAUGAUGGCGAGGAGGAGGACAAGGGGGCAAACACAGUUCGGAAAGAAAAGAAACCGGCGUGUCCAGGGCUGGGCCUGCUGUACUCCUUGUUAGCAUCCGUUUUCUUCUCUGCUGCAGCUCUUCUUGUGAAGAAAAUCGAGGGGAUGCACGCCAUCGAAAUCAGUGCAAUACGGUGCUUCUUCCAGAUGCUGUUUGUCAUGCCAGCCAUGAUAUAUUACAAUACUGGUUUUUUGGGACCAAGAGGUAUGCGAAUCUACCUGUUCCUCAGAGGGUUCCUGGGCUCCAACGCCAUGAUCUUGUUAUAUUACGCGGUUCUACAGAUGCCCCUAGCCGAUGCCACAGUUAUAAUGUUCAGCAAUCCGGUCUUCACCUCCUUACUGGCUUGGAUUUUCCUUAAGGAGAGGUGCACCAUAUGGGACGUGGUUUUUACCGCGUUUACGCUCACCGGGGUCAUACUGAUAGCCAGACCUCCCUUCCUCUUCGGUGGCGAGCUGUCUGGGAUCGAAGGCGACUACACCAGUCACAUAAAAGGCACGGCGGCCGCCUUCACAGGGGCGAUCGGAGCGGCCUGCACUAUGGUCAUUCUGAGAAAGAUAGGGAAAAGCGUUCAUUACUACCUCUCCGUGUGGUACUAUGCAGUUCUGGGGCUCCUGGAGUGCGUUAUUGUUUUGUUCAUCUUGGACGAAUGGACCGUCCCGUCCUGCGGCUGGGACAGGUGGACGCUCAUGGCCAUCGGGCUGCUCGGCAUCGCCGGCCAGACGUUCCUCACCAAAGCCCUGCAGAUCGAGAAAGCAGGGCCUGUUGCACUGAUGAGGACGAUGGACGUGGUCCUGGCGUUCAUUCUGCAGUUCCUGUUCCUCAACCGAAAACCCACGUGGUGGAGUCUGGGGGGAGCGCUGUGCGUGAUUAGCAGCACCAGUGGGGUGGCCGUAAGGAAGUGGUAUAACAGCACAAAAAAUAAGAGCUGAUUGCGUAUUAUAGUGAGAUGAAAAAAGCGUUUUUUAUGUUUGCUACAAAUAAUUGCUACAUUAGAUACCAAAGAAGCUAUAUUACUUUAACAAUAUACAUCGAGAGUCUGAGAUCAGGACCAUACUGUAUGCAAGUAUAUGACAGUAUUUUUUAGAGGUUUUGUAGUUUCCUAAAAUUCAAUAUUCUUGUGUGAAGACGACAGAUAUUUUUUUUUAUCAAGAUACUACUUUUGAGACAGUGCUGCUUUAUCAUAUAGAGAGUACAGUAGACAGCAUAACAAUCGAAAGAUCACCAAAUCUUUUACUCUCACACUCAUGCCUUUGCAUAGCAGUAUGGUUUUUGGAGAUGGUUUUUUGAUUCUUUUCCAUACAUUCCGUACAUAUUCCAUAACUUCUAAUAAAUUGGAACCUAUGCUUAAUGACUGAAAUUAAAAAAAUAGGGAAAUAAACACUACAAAAUAAGUACACAUUUAAUACAUACCAUUUCAAGUCACGCGGUUGAUUUGAAUGAGGACAGCACUGAAACCGAAGUGGUUUUUCUUUAGGUCUGUUUGUCAUCGUCCACUUGACGUGAAUGAUGCCAAAUGCCGUUUCUCAUUGCAUCCCACUCGUUUUCAUUGUAUGGAAAAGAGCAGAGUGAACAUUCUGCCAAACAUCUCAAUUUUUCCGUCAUGGAAGGAAAUUUGGACUGACACGAGGAUAAACGCGAUAAACGACGACAAUUUUAUUUUUUGGUACAAACUAUCCCUUUAAAACCCUUUGCACUUUGUUGUUGACGGUGUACUGUAUCUGGUAUUAUUUUUUUUAAAAGGAAAACACAGGGUCAACAGUGCGUCUGUAUAUUUUUGCCUACUACAUAUUAAGGUCUGUUCUGGUAAAUUCUGAAUUAUAUGUGCUUAAAUAUGCAAUCAGUAAUACGUUCUGAACCUUCAUGAACCACUUGAACUCUGUCCUUAUGUACUUUAGACAUACGCACAUGUUCGUUUCACAAAUAUUUGCCUGAUAUAGAAUGAGUCACACUUAUUUAUUUAUCGGACAUGUGUCUUGGCACAGAGAUGACUUAUUGUGAGUUGUUACAAGCGGCUGUGACUGUCAGUAUGGACUAUUCUGAAAUUCAGUCGCUCUGACAUGGGUGUGUUUUCCCUUUACAUUUAUUUAAUUUGAACAUUUUAUUUAAACCUGUUUGUGUAAACUGACCUAAAAGCACUUUACACUGACUUGUUGUGUCAGUUUUUCGUCAUUAAAAGCACUAUUAAUGGUUUACUGAUACAUCACCAGCAAUUUCUGGACAUGCUGCCUUCAUUUUUUUUUUUUUUUUUUUUUUUUAAAUCUGAUGACAUUUUAUGUUAAUGAUACAUUAAUGUAAGAGCAUAUCCCUCCAUAUUAUUUAUUGAACAAGGUUGUCGAUUUGAAUAAUGCCUGCUGUAGAUUUCACCUUGCAUAUUUAUAUGACUUUUGAGCUUUAGUAGUUGAAAUAAAUGAAAGAUUCUUA